CCAAGCAAUCAAAUCUCACCGACGAUUUCGAGAAGAUGUUCGGCUGCUUGCGCCGGCGAUGGUCUCGCCGGCGAUCGGGAUCACUGGAUCGAGAGAAGACGAGCGGUGCGGGAUACUCGCGGGUCGUGCAUUGCAACAAUCCGGAGAUCCAGGAGGACGACAGGCCCUUGUACCCUCUCAACGCUGUGUCGACGACCAAGUACACGAUCGCCAACUUCUUGCCCAAAUCUCUGUUCGAGCAGUUCCGGCGGGUGGCCAACUUGUUCUUCUUGGUGGUCGCUUGUGUGUCUUUCAGUCCAUUGGCACCGUAUCGAGCUGUGAGCAUCUUGCUGCCACUUGUGGUCGUCGUUGGAGCAACCAUGGCUAAGGAGGCCGUUGAGGACUGGCGUCGCAAAAAGCAGGACAUAGAGGUUAACAACAGAAAGGUCAUGGUAUAUGAUGGUAGCCAUGCGUUUUAUCAAACGGAAUGGAAAAAGCUUAGUGUGGGAGAUAUUGUCAGAGUGGAGAAGGAUCAGUUCUUUCCGGCUGAUCUAGUUUUGCUUUCAUCCAGCCAUGACGAUGGGAUUUGUUAUGUUGAAACCAUGAACCUUGAUGGAGAGACGAAUUUGAAAACAAAGCAGUGUUUGCAGGUUACUACAAUGCUAUGUAGUGACCAUUCUUUUCAAAAAUUCAAAGCAUUAAUCAAAUGUGAAGAUCCAAAUGAGAAUCUGUAUUCUUUUGUUGGGACUAUGCAUCAUGAAGGUACACAGUAUCCUCUUUCUCCACAGCAGAUUCUGUUGCGAGAUUCUAAACUAAGAAAUACCCAGCAUAUUUAUGGUUUGGUAAUUUUUAGUGGACAUGACACCAAGGUCAUGCAGAAUGCCAUGGAUCCUCCUUCCAAGAGGAGUAAGAUUGAGAAAAGAAUGGAUAAGAUUAUUUAUAUCCUUUUCACUUCUCUUGUUGUACUCUCCUCCACUGGAUCUAUCUUUUUUGGAAUUCAAACUAAGCAGGAUAUUAGUGACGGAAAGUUUAAGAGAUGGUAUUUAAGGCCAGACAAAUCAUCUGUACUCUUUGAUCCUAAAGGAGCAUCUUUGGCAGCUUUCUGUCACUUCCUGACAGGCCUAAUGUUGUUUGGGUGCUUCAUUCCAAUAUCAUUAUAUAUAUCCAUAGAAAUUGUCAAAGUUCUACAAAGUACUUUUAUUAAUAAUGACCAGGAAAUGUACUGUGAGGAAUCUGACAAACCUGCACGGGCCCGCACGUCAAAUUUAAAUGAGGAACUUGGCCAAGUUAAUACCAUACUAUCAGACAAAACUGGUACAUUGACAUGCAACUUGAUGCAGUUUGUGAAAUGUUCCAUUGCUGGUGUUGCAUAUGGAAGUGGAUUGACUGCAGUUGAGCCAGGUCUUGGAGGAUUAAAACAAUACUGUACAUUUGAAAUUGAGGGUCCAUCACACUCCCUGGCAGUGUCAAGAAGAACUGUUAAAAGCUUUGAAAUUGAUGAUCCUUCACACUCUCCUGCAGUGUCAAGAAAAACUGUCAAAGGCUUUAACCUCAGGGAUGAUAGGUUGAUGGAUGGGCAUUGGGUUAAUGAACCAAAUUUGGAUUUUAUACAAAAGUUCUUCCACACAUUAGCAAUCUGUCAUACUGUUGUUCCUGUUAUAGGCAAUAAAUCUUCUGAAAUUUACUACGAGGCUGAGUCCCCAGAUGAAGCAGCUUUUGUGGUAGCGGCAAGAGAAAUUGGCUUUGAAUUUUAUGAAAGAACACAGACAAGUAUAUCAUUGCAUGAGUUUGAUCCUAAAAUUGGCAGAGAUGUUGAUAGGUCAUAUACACUUCUAAACAUGCUACACUUCAGCAGUGCUCGUAAACGUAUGUCUGUGAUUGUAAGGGAUGAGGAGGAACAAUUGUUGCUUUUCUGCAAAGGAGCAGACAGCGCAAUAUUUGAAAAUCUUGCUGAUGAUGGGCGGUUAUUUGAGUUAGAGACCAAAAGACACAUUGAUGAAUAUUCUGAGGCUGGGUUGAGAACCUUGGCAGUUGCCUAUCGCAAGCUUAGUGAGGAAGAGUAUAAAACUUGGCAUGCUGAGUUCUUAAUGGCCAGCAAUGCUGUCACUGCUGAUCGUGAUGAAAUGCUUGAUGCUGCUGCUGAAAAAAUUGAGAAGGAUUUUAUUCUCCUAGGUGCUACAGCUGUUGAAGAUAAACUGCAGACGGGGGUUCCGGAGUGUAUUAACAAACUUGCUCAAGCCGGGAUCAAGAUCUGGGUCUUGACUGGUGAUAAGCUGGAAACAGCAGUCAAAAUCGGGUUUGCAUGCAACUUGCUAAGGAAAGGAAUGAGACAAAUUGUUGUUACCUUGGAUACACCAGAUAUGAAUGCAUUGGAGAAGCAAGGAAGGAGGGAAGCCUUUGAAAAGGCAUCUUAUGAAAGCAUCGCCAGGCAACUAAAUGAAGCACAUUCACAAGUUACUGUAUCAAAAGAAAUUUCUAUUCCAUUUGCUCUCAUCAUUGAUGGUAAAUCUCUGGGUUUUGCUCUUUCAAGAAACCUGGAAAACUUGUUUCUGGAUCUGGCAAUUAGAUGUGCAUCUGUUAUCUGCUGCCGGACUUCACCAAAACAGAAGGCAAUGGUAACUAGAUUGGUCAAGGGUGGCACAAGAAAGACAACACUAGCAAUUGGAGACGGGGCAAAUGAUGUUGGCAUGCUUCAAGAGGCUGACAUUGGUGUUGGAAUCAGUGGUGUUGAGGGGAUGCAGGCUGUGAUGUCUAGCGACUUUGCAAUAGCCCAGUUUCGUUUUCUGGAGCGCCUGUUGCUUGUGCAUGGUCAUUGGUGCUACAGGCGGAUCGCAGCCAUGAUAUGCUACUUUUUCUACAAGAACAUAACAUUUGGCUUUACACUAUUCUGCUUUGAGGCGUAUGCUUCUUUCUCUGGAGAACCUGCUUAUAAUGAUUGGUACAUAGCUUUUUACAAUGUCGCCUUCACAUCACUUCCGGUCAUUGCUCUUGGGGUAUUCGAUAAAGAUGUCUCAUCACGGACAUGCCUCAAGUUCCCUCUCCUCCACCAGGAUGGUGUACAAAAUAUCUUCUUCAGCUGGACGCGAAUUAUUCGUUGGAUGUUAAACGGAAUCUGCAGUUCCAUCAUAAUCUACUUUCUAUCAACCAGCUCCAUCCUUAUACAAGCCUUUCGCCAUGAUGGCAAACCGGCAGGAUUAGCCGAACUUGGAGUCACAAUGUACACCUGCGUGAUUUGCACCGUGAAUCUCCAAAUGGCUCUUUACCUCAGCUACUUCACAUGGAUUCAGCAUCUAUUUAUCUGGGGAAGCAUCCUCUUCUGGUUUAUAUUCCUAGUAAUCUAUGGGUUCUUCCCACCGGCAAUUUCCACAACCGCCUACUUGGUUUUCAUCGAAACCUGUUAUCAAAAUCCAUUCUAUUGGCUAACAGCUCUAUUUACAGUCAUCUCUGCCCUUCUACCAUAUUUUGUGUACUCAACAUUACAAGCCAACAUAUUCCCAAAGUAUCAUGACAUUGUCAAGAGGAUGCCUUCAACAAGUUCGCCAUGAAAACUUGGAUUAAAUGUUAUACUUUCGGUGAAUUUCUUUUGCUGGAAUUUAAAAGAAAAUUAUAGUUUUGCGGUGUUAUAGACAUGAGCAGUAAAAAGCUGAUACGGUUAUAACUGUAUGUACCUCCUGAAAAGUAAAAGAUUCUUACAAUGCCACAAUUAACGACUUUGUUAUCAUUCAUGAUGAAUUAUCCUUUA